AUGGAAAAUAAAAAUAAUAGAAGAAAAAAUGUGAGUUCCAUGUUAUAUAAUUAUUACAAUUUUGAGGCAAGAAAUAAAGUUGAGGAGUUAGAAGAAUGUCGUGAUAAUAAUAGGAACAAUAUAGAUAGGAUAAAUAACAUAAGUAAAAUGAAUAAUUCGGUUGAUGAUAAUAAUUUUUUUGAUAAGGAUGAAAAUAUAAAAGAAAAGAGUACUAUAUUAAAAAGUAGUGAUAAUAAUAGUAUUAAUUUAAGAAUAGAUGAAAAUUAUAAGAAUAUAGAGAAUGAUAUAAAACAAUGUAAUGAAGAGAAUGUAAUGGAUAAAAUGAAUUAUAUAGAUGAAUUUGAUAUGAAUUGCUCUAAUUUUAAUGUAAAUAAUUAUUUUAAAGAAUUAUUAGAAAAAUCUAGUAUGUAUGAUUUAAUAAAUAAAUCGAAAAAGGUAGAUAAAGAAAUAAAACAAAAUGAUAGCUGUAUGCAAACCUUAAUUUAUGAGAAUUACAAUAAAUUUAUUAAUGCAGCUGAUGCUCUCGUUUUAUUAAAAGAAAAGUUUAAAUGUGUAAAAGAUAAAAUGAAAGAAAUUAAUAAUCAUUUAGAUUAUAUAGAUAAAGAAUCUAAUUUUCUAAAUAAUGAUAUUUUUAAAAAUUAUGAAAAGAUAGAAAAUUUGAUUGAAAUAAAAAAGUUAUUAAAUCAUAUAAAUGAAAUAAUGAAAAUACCAGAAUAUAUGUAUUCUUAUAUUUUAGAAAAAAAAUAUAUGAAAUCAUUGAAAAUGUUUAUUAAGGUCAUUCCCUUUUUUCAUAAGAAUAAAGACCUUGUUAUAUUUCAAAAUUUAUAUUUAGAUUGUAAUAAUUUAGCAAACAUCGCAUGUCAUUUUUUUUUGAAAAAGUUGAAUAAGGAAAAAAAUGUAAGUAAGUUACCUGUGCAAUCUCAUAAAAAGGAUGAUAAAAAAUGUUAUAGUAAAAACGAUGUGAAAAGUGAUAUUAGGGAUAAUAACAAAUGUGUACAUCAUUUGGAUGAGAGCAAAAAUCAUAUGGAUUAUAAUAAAAAUUACGUUGAUGAAGGUGACAAAUGUUUUUAUUUUUUUGAUAAUAAUAAUUUAGAAGAAUCAUUUGAAUCAUUACACUCUUAUGUGUUGUCGAGCGAAGAGGUUGCUGAGUGUUUGAAUUUGGUUUUAUCAUAUGGUAUGGACAGAAAAGAAAUAAAAAAGUUAUAUUUGAAGAAUAGAAUAGAUUGUUUAAAAUAUUUAAUGUAUAAUAUAUUUAGUUUAAAGAACCAUGGUUUUUUUUUUUUUGUUAGGAAAGCCCAGGAUUUUAAGAGUUCUUUCUUUGAUCAUAAUUAUCAAGAAUUUCAUAUUGAUAAACAAAACAAAAAAAAUGAAUAUAAUAAGAAUAAUGGUAAUACGGAAUAUUUUUAUAACAAUAUAUUCGAAAAUAUAUUUAUAUUGUGUUAUAAACACCUACUCUAUUUUUUUUUCAGUUUAUUAGAAAAUUAUGAAAAAAUAUUUAUGAAAAGAAAUAAUUUUAUUAAUAAUUUUGAUGGACAUAAAGGUUGCUUUAUAUCAUUUUUUUAUAAAGAAGGAGAACAUCCUGAUGAUAAAAACUUAAAUAAUAAUAUUGAUUAUUUAAGAUAUUUAAUUAAUAAUUUGGAUGAAUCCUUUCAAGAUAAAAGCGGAAAGACUCGAUGUGAACAUUUUGUUAUGUCAUAUGAUAAUAAUAAAAAUAAAAACAAUAAUAAAAACAAUAAUAAUAAUAACAAAAACAAUAAUAAUAAUAACAAAAACAAUAAUAAUAAUAAUAAAAACAAUAAUAAUGAUAGAUAUACUUAUCUUCAUAAAUCUUUCGAUUUAAGUAAGAAAUUAUUAUUAAAUGAUUUAUUAAAUAUAGAUGAUGAUAAUAAAAUUAUUGAGGCUUUAGUAUAUAUAUUUUUUAAAGUGUUAUGUAAAAUAACUAUAGAUUAUAUAUAUAUGUUUAAUCCACCCAUAAAAUUGAUUGUAAAAUUAUUAAAAACGUUGAUAGAUAAUGUAAAUGGUCAUAAUUAUAAUAAUAAUAAUAAUAAUAAUAAUAUAUAUUAUAAAGAUAAGAUAUUAUAUGAUAUGAAUAGAUUUAUUAAGAAGAUAUAUUAUGUAUUAUUAAAAUUAUAUUUUUAUAAUUUAUGCUUUCAUAUAAAUAUAUAUUUAUACACAUAUUUUCAAAAAUGUGAUGAAAAAAAGCUAAUAGAUAUUUUAGAAAGUAAAAACGAAUUAAGCCAUUAUAUACUCUUAAAGUUAUGUUUAACUUUUAUGGACUUUGAACCUUUUUAUGUUGAAAUAAAAUUAGAAAAUAAUUUUUAUGUGAAGCACUUUUUUAAUUUCGUAAUUAUAUAUUUAGAAUCCUUAUCAAGACAUAUUGAUUCUUUUAUAUAUUAUUUUGUGUGUGUACAUGAGAAGAGUAGUUUUAUUCAAGAAGGGAAUGUAUUAAAAUAUAUUAAAGAUGAACAUAAAAAGGAGUGUAGUAAGGAUGCUACGUUUAGUAAUAAUAAGGGUGAUGAUAAUGGUCAUCAUAAUUAUAUUCAUGGUAAAGAAGAUAUUCAUGGUAAAGAAGAUAUCCAUAGUAAUGAAGAUAUUCAUGGUAAUAAGGAUAUUCAUAGUAAUGAAGAUAUUCAUGGUAAUGAAGAUAUCCAUAGUAAUGAAGAUAUUCAUGGUAAAGAAGAUAUUCAUAGUAAUGAAGAUAUUCAUGGUAAAGAAGAUAUUCAUAGGAAUGAAGAUAUUCAUAGGAAUGAAGAUAUUCAUGGUAAAGAAGAUAUUCAUAGUAAUGAAGAUAUUCAUAGUAAUGAAGAUAUUCAUAGUAAUACCCAUUUCGAUAAUCAACUUAGUAAGGAUUUUCCUUAUUUUAUGUACGAACCUGCAGACAAUAUCAUUUAUGAAGAUAAGGAAAAUAUAUUUACACAUAAAAAUUUAUAUUAUAUGAUCGAUGAAGAAAAUACAAUACAUUGCAAACAUCGAAAGAAAAAGGAUGAGCCAUUUUGUGGAUUUUAUAAAAAGUUAAAGAAUUAUUUAUAUUCAUCAGUGUAUGUGAAUCAUGUUCAUAUGAAACACAUUUUAGUAGAAAUAAAGAAAUAUAUGAAGAUGGAAUAUACAAUUUUUUUGACACACAUAACGGGUUCGUUAAAAUUUGGAAAGAUAAAAAAGAUAAAGGAAAUAUAUUUUUUAUUAUGUCUUGUAUGGAUAUUUCAUAAUAUUAAAAGGGAAGGUGUUUCUAAAAUAUUUAAUGUUAUAACGGAUAUGUAUAAAGAAGCAAAUGAUUUAAUUAAUGGAUGUAAAAGGAUAGAUAUGGGGUGUAGCUUGGAUUACCUUCUUCAUAAGGAUAUAUAUCCAUUUAUUAAAGAAACGGAAAAGGAAAAGGAAAAGGAAAAUAAAAAAAAUAAAAAAUUAAAAUUAAAGGAUGGUGAUAGUAUUAAUUAUGAUAAUGAACAAGGAUUGGAAUAUACGAAUGGUGCUCAUAUAUUUAUUAAUAAAAAUUAUGAAAAAGGUGAAGAUAAAAAAAUAAAAAAUUUAACGUUUACAUAUAGUGAGGAGGAAAAGAAAAAUAAAUUAUAUGAGUUUAAUUUUGAUAAUAAUAAUAUAUGUGGUGAUGAUAAUAAUAUAUGUGGUGAUGAUAAUAAUAUAUAUGAUGAUGAUUAUAAUAUAUGUGGUGAUGAUAAUAAUAUAUAUGAUGAUGAUUAUAACAUAUAUGAUGAUGAUGAUAAUAAUAUAUACGACAAUAAUCAUAAUAAUAAUAUAUGUGAUAAUUAUUCCCAUGAAAGGAAUACAAAAAAUAUAAUUAUAAAGAUGACAAAGGAUGAGGAAGAGAAAAGACAAAAUAUUAAUGAUAAGAAUAGAAAAAAGAAAUAUGUUAUAGGGAUAAGUAAUUUUGUUAAAUACAAAUUUCAUGAAAAAUGUAACGAAUUAACAAAUGUGUUUAUUUCAUAUUAUAUUAAUACAAUAUCUAAUCAUAUCAAAUCAUAUGUAGAAAAGGACACAUAUGAAGAAGAUACUAAAAGCAAUCUUGUUAGUAACAAUUUUGUAUAUUGUAUGAAACAUAUAGAUAUAUUUUAUAAGUAUUUAAAAUAUUUUGUAUAUCAGAAUAAAUCAGCAAGUGUAAUAAAUUUUGAAGGACAGGAAAGAGAAUAUGUUUUUAGUGAUAUGUAUGAAAAAAUUGAAGAAGAGUUUCAAGAAUUAGGAAAGAAAUAUUUACAGGAUAAAUGUAUGAGACUAGGGAAGAAUAAUAAUGGAAGAACGGAUAUAGGAAUUGUUGAACAGAAUAAUAGUGUGCUUUAUAAGGACAACAAUUUGGUUGUUCAAAAUAACAAUAUGUUAGAUAAAAGUAACCAUAUGGUUGAUCAUAAUAACCAUAUAAGGGGAAGGAAAUAUAUUAUGAAUGAUAAGGAAUAUAAUGAGGAUAACAAAAUGUCAAAUGGUAAUAGAAAAGAACAGAUUAUGGAGAAUAAUAACCUCCUUUUUGAUAUGAAUAAGGACGAGAAAAAUUUAGAGAUGUAUAUGUAUAAAUUAUUCAUGUUGAAGAUGAAGAAUUAUAGAAAACAUCUUCCAACAGAAAUUAAUAAAAUACUUCUUUUAAUUAUUAAAAUUGUGUUCAAAAAUUAUAUGGAAUAUAUAAGAAAGUGUCAUAUGAAUGAGAAAAAGUUAUACAAAAUGCAAAUUGACUUUUUCUUUUUUUAUCAUUGUUUAAAACAUUACAUACCUUGUGAUGAUGAAAAUGUAUUAUUUGUUAUCCUAAAUGAAGUGUUAAUAAAUGCAAAGGGUAGAAUUAGAGGAAUACAAAAUAAAAGAGAUGAGGAUGAUGGUGCUUCAUCUUAUCAAGGAUAUUUAUUAUUGGAUGAUAUUCAUAUUGAUUUCGAAGAAAAUAAAUUAUUUAUAUUGAAAAUGUUUAAAGAGUAA